AUGGUCAAACGCUGUGUGAUAUGUGGAAACGUUGAUGCCAUUGUUGGAGUUUCAGUACACAAGUUCCCAGUGGACCCCAUACGUCAACGUUUGUGGGUGCGAUUCGUGGAGAACAAUGGACGUGUUGUGAAUCGCAGCUCUAUGCUCUGUUCGAGGCAUUUUAAUCCCUUCGUUGACUACACGCCAGGAGGUGUUCGCCGUUGUUUGAACCGCACAGCAGUACCAACAAUAGUGGUCGGGGCGCAACCGGUACCUGACCGUGAACUACAAGUUCACGCAGAAAUUUACAAUGCCGAUCCAAACGGUGGCGCAGAAAUCGUCGUGGUACACAUGGAAGACAUCGACGAGGAAGUCGUCCAGAUGGACCAAGUCAACAACGACAACUUAGAAUUUAUCGAAGUUCGGAUGGACGAAGUCCUAAUGGACGACGCCGUGAUAGUACCAGGCCGAGAAGAGAUGGUGGACAACAAUGGCGGGAUGCAACUUGAAAUCGACAUUUUACCCCAAGGCGUUGAUGAAGAGGUCAGUGAAUAUUUCUUCCUAUUGCCUAUAUCUAUGUUUGUUACAAUUUUGUAA